AUGAGAGUCCUCAUUACCGGCGCGGCCGGCUUUAUUGGCCAAAUCACCGCCAAGGCCCUGCUCGACGAUGAGCGAUACAGCGACGUCCUGCUCGCCGAUGUCAUCGAACCUCCCGUGCCGGCCGGCACAAAGUAUCCCGAGCGCGCCCGGUGCGUCAGGGCCGACCUGUCGCGGCCCGACGACGUUGCUUCGAUUGUCGCCGACAACCUCCAGUCCGUCAUCUUGCUCCAUGGCAUCAUGUCCUCCGGUGCCGAGGCCGAUCUCGCACUCGGCUACCGCAUCAACGUCGACGCCACCCGCGCCGUCCUCGACCGCCUGAUCCAGUCGUGCCCCGGCGUGCGCGUCCUCUAUGCGUCCAGCGAGGCCGUCUACGGCCGGCCGGUGCCCAAGCACGGCGUCACCGAAGACGACAUCCCCGCGCCGGAAAUGUCCUAUGGGUGCCAGAAGCUGAUCUGCGAGACCAUCAUCAACGACUACACCCGCCGCGGUCUCAUCAACGGCUUUGCCCUGCGUUUCCCCACCAUUUCGGUCCGGCCGGGUGCGCCCAGCGCGGCCAUCUCGAGCUUCUUGUCGGGCGUCAUCCGCGAGCCGCUGGCCGGCACGCCCUGCGUCCUUCCACUGCGCGACCGCGCCUGGCGCCACUGGAUGUCCUCGCCCAAGACGCUCGUCCACAACCUGCAGGUGGCCCUGCGGCUGCCCCUCGACGCUCUGCCGCCGCAUCGCCGCGCCGUCAACAUGCCCGGCUUUGCCGUCACCGUCCAGCAAAUGCUGGAUGCGCUCGAGGCCGAGGGCGGUGCGGCCGCACGGGCGCUGGUCGAGGAGCGCGAGGUGCCCGAGAUCCAGUCGACGCUGUACUCGUGGGCCGACGACUUUGACAACAGCCUGGCGCUGUCGCUGGGCAUGAAGCAGGACACGUCGUUUGUCGACUCGGUGCGGGACUACAAGGCGACCUUGGCAGCGAGCAGUUGA